AUGCAAUCUGUAGGGGACCAUGGGCUUAACGAGGACGUAUGGACCGUGAUCCUGGCCUUCACGCAGCUCGACGAUGCGCGCAAUCUAUCCCUCGUCUCGCGUGGUAUCCAUCCCAUAGCUCGACGUAUCGUCCUCAGCUCCGCAGAGUUUUCUAAACAAAACCAAUUCGUCAACGCCUGCACAUUCAUGCUGGACGACCCGGGUCACCGCGCAUGCUGGUUGCGUAAACUCGACAUAAACGUCGGUGCCUUGGGCCGACACAGCUGGCAAACCGCUGGGGCAGCCUCGCUGGCCACGCAAUUAGCCGCCCUUCUCGAGGCGGCACGAAACAUCGACACUCUGUCGCUGCCCUCCAUGGAGGACCUGGUGUCAGCAGAGCCGCGCGUCGGUGCGACGCUGAUCUCACUCACGCGGCUCCAGGACAUCGCGCUCUUCGGUGUGUCAUCCCGCACUCUGGACGUGGCCAACAAGAUGGUCAGCCGUCCUUCGCAGGUGUGUCUCGCCUUUGUGUCACCCCGGGCGAGUGUCAGCGAACAUGCAUUCCUGUUGAGCCAUCUCGCCUUGCUCGAGCGUGCGCGCAGAGCGGAGAUCAUGUUCCUCGACGCCGCGGAUUCUACGGACGAAUUGAAGCAGCCCUCAGACCUCGACGUCGAGCUCCCGCAGCUCGGACAGCACCCCUGCGUGCGCGAGCUCAGCCUCAAGUGGUGCGGGCCCUUCCCUAUGUUCCAUAUCUUCCCGAACACGCAGAUCCUACGUAUGCGACGUCUGAACGCGUCGUUCGGACGCUUCGACUGGCGCACAUGGGCGUGGACGGAAUCCGUUCCGUUGAUAGACGUCAAGACCGACGACGACGACAAGCUUGUAUGCCUCACAGCGGGUGGACCACGCCUUCCGGUUCUUCGUCGGCUGCAUCUGCGUUGGAAUCCCUGCCCAUCCCCCCAGAGUCCCUCCGAUCGAAUGCAACCUGUCUGCUUGUCGUUCAUGCUGUAUCGCGCGGACGUCCCGUUGUAUGGCCAGGUUGCUCACUGGCUUGAACCCCUGCGCCGACACACAGCGCCGUCCGGGCGGCUCCGGUACCUCACAAUCUCUGCCAGGUGCCUUCCCCGCCUUGACAUGCCUAGCUUAUGGGUGGAAUGGCUCCUCCCCGCCAUCCGAGAGUCCCAAUUGGUCUGUGUGAAGCUCAAGUUCGACGUCGGCAACCGACCUCGAGAGGUCGCCGGGCUCGAUGAGGUUCGAGAGAUGCUCGCAUGGCAAGUACCGUCGCUCCGAUACAUAUCCAUCGCUGCCGGAUGGCAUCGGCUUGAGCAUCCCUUCGCUCGUGAUGACUGUGAGCCACGUCUUAUUGGCGAAUGCACCUGGUGGGAGGUGCGCGAGGUCGGUGGCGGGCGACGCGCGGAGCUCAUCUCGUGCGCGGCCGGUCAGCGAGUCGAACGAUAUUUACAGUCCGCAGAGUUUGAAGAGAAGUUGUCCCUGGAUGGGUUCGUGCUGACUUGAUUGAUGGAGAGACGUGUAACUUCGAAUACAGGCAGUCCUUGUGUAGACUAAAAGUACCCCCUCCGCGUCGCGCAGUAGGGCGUAUUUCCAUAGUGAGCACUACAACAAACUGUUGCGUGAAACCCAUUCUACGUACGACACGGCAGCAGUCUCACCAGCCGCGCAUGAGAUGUUCCCCAGCCGCCCCCCACUCGCGACUUCGUGCACGUACCACCAAGGCGAGGGCGUCAUACAUAUCGGACGUCCGCCACCGGGCAUUCUCGAUUACAAUUGCAGAGAUAGUGAGGCGAAGGGACGUGCUCGAGGAGCAUCUGCUGGGCCUCGUCAAGCUGGGUUAUCUUCAUAGAUGACGUACACGGUGAAAUCGAAGCUGAAG